UUUUCUUUCUUUCUUGUUUUCUCCUUUCUUUUUUCUUUCUUUUUUUUUUAAUCUGUACAGUUUUAUACCAAAUAGAUGUUACUUACAGAGAAAGCAACUAAUAUUUAUACUGCGCCUUUACGAGGAAAUAGAAGAUUAAUUGUAUUAGUCUUGGCGAUUAUUUCAUUUAUUAUAUUAUCCAUGCUUACAUUUUCAAAAUCAUCACUAAAUCUAGGUGGUCAUUCAUGUGGUAGAACAAUUCGAACAUUAAAUGAAGCAGCAGCACUUUCUAGUAGUACUGGUGGUAUAGGGUAUAAUGAUCGAGGUGGACAAGCUAAAUUUCUCAAUUUAAACCAUUUAGAAGCUACAGCAAACGCUAAAGAAGAACAAGAACAUGUUUUAAUUUUAACACCUCUUAAAAAUGCUGCUGCUUAUCUUCCUCGAUAUUUUGAAUUAAUAGAUCGUCUUUCUUAUCCUAAGGACCUUAUCACUGUCGCAUUUUUAGUAUCAGAUACAACAGAUGAUACUAUUAAAAUUUUAAAAGAAAAAGCCGAUGAAUUCUUAAACCGUCAAGACCCCUCUCAACGCUAUCAUGAAAUUGCGAUUUAUGAAAAGGACUUUAAUUUCCAUUUACCUGAGGAUAAAAGACAUACAUUUGAACUUCAACCUUUACGUAGAUCUUUUAUGGCUCGUUCAAGAAAUUAUUUAUUAACUGCAGCACUCCGUGAAUAUCAUUCUUGGGUUCUUUGGUUAGAUGUUGAUGUGGUUGAAUAUCCUUCUACUAUUCUUGAAGAUCUUCAAAGUGUGAAUGUUGAUGUUGUCGUUCCAAAUUGUUUACUUGAAACAGAAGAUGGUUCAUUUUGGGCCUACGAUAAAAAUAAUUGGCAAGAAACUGAGGAAUCUAUUGAAAUGCAGAAAGAACUCGAUCCUGAAUAUGUUUUACUUGAAGGAUAUUAUGAAUUUUUAACAAAUCGUUAUCUUAUGGUGGAUAUGCCAACACAUCUUGGAAAGUUCGAAAAAGUUCCAUUAGAUGGUGUAGGUGCUACAUUUACACUUGUGAAAGCUAAUGUUCAUAGAGAAGGUGCAAAUUUCCCUCCAUAUGUUUAUAAACAUCAAGUAGAAACAGAAGGUUUUGCAAAAAUGGCAAAAGCAAUGGGAUUUGGUGUGUAUGGAUUACCUGGAUAUAUUAUCUAUCAUAUUCGAAACUCAUAAGAAAAUAUAUAUAUAUAUAUAUAUAAAUAUUU